GAGCAGCUCCUGGGCUUCACUCUUCCGCUUCCCUUCCUCACUCUCUCUCUCCUGCUGGUGUGGACGGUGCUCCCUCUCUCCAGAGCGUGUGUGUGUCAGAUUCCGGCGGAUUGCUCUGGGAUUAGCGUUAGUGCGUGCUUCGCUGGUGAACAGGUGGAUUAUAACGCUGGACUGAGAGGACCGAGUGCUGGAGGAGAGCUGGACCAGGCAGCGGUCAGACUGCAGCGUGUACGUGUGUGUCUGUCCAGUGAUGACUUUACAUAGAAUUAUUAGAACAGAACUGAAUAUGUGACAAUAAUAGAAUAAUUGCUGCUGUUAUAAAAAUGAAAAUGAUUUAUAAUUAUGCUGGUUAUGCAAAUUUUACACACUAAUUAUGCUAAUGUAAAUGCUAAUGGUCAUCAAUGACACCGUCCAGCAAAACUGAGUGUCUCCGAUAGAGUGAUUAGAUGUGUAUGUGCGUGUGUGUGCCCUCUGAAGCCUGCCGGCGGACUGUACGUUUGUGUGUGUUGAGUGGAAGAUGCCGGCCAUCCUGCUGGUCAGUAAGAUGAAGUCUGGACUGCCGAAGCCAGCGCACAGCGCUGCCCCCAAAACGCACAUUCCCACCCGCGCGGUGGCCCCCCAGCCUAACAUCGCACACACACUGACCACCAGCCUCAAACAUGACCAGUCCAGUGGAAUUAAACCCCAACUGACCACCAGUCAGAAGACUGACCAGACCAGCUCCCUCAAAACCUCUUUGACCAACAGCCUGAAGGAUGACCACCCCAGUGGUCUGAAGCCCCCUCAGCUUAGCGCCGUCCUGCUGACUCCAGCCAGACCUGCAGAUGGAGCUGCUGACCCUCAGAUCUAUACGGACUGGGCGAAUCAUUACUUGGCAAAAUCAGGGCACAAGCGGCUGAUUAAGGACCUGCAGCAGGAUGUCAGUGAUGGAGUUCUGCUGGCGGAAAUCAUCCAAGUUGUAGCCAAUGAAAAGAUUGAAGACAUCAAUGGCUGUCCGAAGAGCCGCUCUCAGAUGAUUGAGAAUAUUGAUACCUGUCUAGCGUUUCUGGCAGCUAAAGGUGUGAACAUACAGGGGCUGUCUGCUGAAGAGAUCAGGAAUGGUAAUCUGAAGGCAAUUUUGGGGCUUUUCUUCAGUUUGUCUCGCUACAAACAGCAGCAGCAGCAGCAGAGACAGCAGCCUGUGACACACACACACCAUACACACUCACACAGCGCUCAGAGCAGCACAAACUCCGCCCCCCCGCAUGGGACACACACACACCGAGCGCAGGCAGAGAUGCAGUCCAGGGGUGCCUCUGAGAGCAAACUUCUCAAGUUUUCCAUUGGCCAGAAAAAGUCAUCUAGACUCCCUGGCCCUACCGCCCGGGUGUGUGUUGUGGGCAGUGAGGGGUCCCCCCGGGGGUCCGUCAGUUCAGCAGGGAACCGUCGGAGUCAGGCCUUCAGCAGCGAGAAGAACGGCAAAACUGCAGCUCCUCAGCCCAAAGAAUUUUCGGACGGCGUCUCCUCCCAUCCUCCAGGCAUGACCGAGCAUGCACCGUCAUCCCUGGCAACCGUCAGCACCUCCAUUCUCACCAGCACUGUGGCAUCUUCCUCCUCCUCCUCCUCCUCCUCAUCUUCUGGCUCUGCCAUCCCUCAGCCCAACUCGAGCAGCAAACCCUGGAGGAGCAAAUCAACGAGCACCAAGCACACAUCUACCUCCACCGUUCUUUUGGCUAAGCAGGAAGCUCCGGCUAAGCAGCCAGCACCCGCAGAACCCCCUCCGAAAGCCCUGCCACAGAGGUCCAUGCUGGAGAAGCUGAAGCUCUUCAACAGUAAAGGAGGCUCCAAGUCCUCAGCGCAGCCAGAGGCCACUGUGGUGCCUCCAGCUGUGGGGAAAGACCCAGCUGUGGUGCUGGAGAGAGUAGAGGCCGGUGCCAACACCGAGCCUCUGGAGGAGGCUGAGGGCAAUGCGAGGCCUGCUAACGGAUUGACUAGCAGCAGCCCAAAAAUCGCCCUGAAGGGCAUCGCGCAGCGGACUUUUAGCAGAGCGCUAACGGCUAAGAAAGCCUCGACGAAAAAUGUGGAGAAGGAGAAAGAGAAGGAGAGAGCAAAGGAGAAGGAGAAAGAGAAGGAGCGUGGAAAAGAGGGGUCCAAGCACCAAGUGACCUCUGAGAAGGUGGAGUUUAAAGAGGAGGAAAUGACCGGAGCAUCAGAAGUGACAGAGGCGGAGCCUAAAAGAACCUCUAAAAUUGCUAGCUUUAUUCCUAAAGGGGGCAAAGUCAACGCCAAGAAGGAUAACUCCGCCCCCGCCCACAGCGGCAUCCCUAAACCUGGUGGUAAAAGUUCCACGGGUGGAAAAGGCUCAGGAGCGGCCCUCGGCGGCAAAGACAACGAGAGGCCGCGUAGCAUGCGGCUAGGUGGAGGGGUCGGUCUCCAUAGAGACAGCCGCCACUCCUCCUCCUCCUCCAGCCUCGCUUCCACCGAGGGUAAAACCCACCAGACCAACAGCGCCGCCCAGGUGGGUAAUGGAGGUACUACACAGUCCACAGCCAGCAACACAGUCAGUGUGCAGCUGCCUCAGCCUCAGCAACAGUACAGCCACCCAAACACAGCCACGGUGGCGCCGUUCAUGUACAGGUCCCAGAUGGAAGGAGAUGACAAUAUUACCACGGAAACAGGCUCCGGAGGACACACUGGAGACACCGGCAGCUUCAGCAAGACCAACCAGACGUCCAUCGAAGACCUGUCAGGUGAAGACCCUGAGACCAGGAGGCUGAGAACGGUUAAAAACAUUGCAGAUCUCCGGCAGAAUCUGGAAGAAACCAUGUCCAGUUUGCGAGGGACUCAGAUCACACACAGCACUCUGGAAACAACCUUUGACAGUGGGGUCACAACAGAGCUAAGUGGCCGCAGCCUGCUGUCCCUGUCAUCUCGUCCAGUUCCGCUGGCCUGGGCCAGCCGAGUCGGUCAGUCCAGUCCGAGGCUGCAGGCUGGCGAUGCUCCCUCCCUGGGGAAUGGUUACCCUGGUCGUGGGGGUGCAGGGCCGGCUCAGGGGCGGUACCUUUACCCCACCCCCUUGCGCAGACAGCUUGCGGCACGCGGCAGCGCCCUCUGUGGGCUGGAUCUGGGAGAGCGGGGAGAGGAGCUGGAGCUGGAUGUUAGCGGCUACGUUAGCGAUGGAGACGUGCUGGCUAAGAACGCCCGCUCUGAUGAGAUUACCAGUGGCUACAUGACGGAUGGGGGGUUGAGUCUGUACACUCGGCGGUUGAACCGUUUGCCGGACGGCAUGGCCGUGGUGAGGGAAACGCUGCAGAGGAACGCGUCCACCGGCCAAGGAGACGCAGACAGUUGGGAUGACAGCAGUUCAGUCAGCAGUGGAAUCAGUGAUACAAUCGACACUGAUGACAUCAACACCAGCUCCUCCAUCAGCUCCUACGCCAACACACCUGCAGCUCCACGCAAACACCUCAACGGCCAGUCUAAAACUGACACAGAGAAACACUCGUCGGUCGAACGUAACUCCACCUGGUCGGGCGACGAGGUCAAAAGGUCAGACGGCGGCUCGGACAGCGGAGUGAAGAUGGAGUCCAGCUCAAAGUGGCGCCGGAACCCUUCAGACGUGUCAGACGAGUCGGAUAAGGGCGGCUCCGGGAGGAAGGGCAUGUCCAUCUCACAGACCGGCUCCUGGAGGAGGGGCAUGAGCGCACAGGUGGGCGUGACCACGCCCAGGACGAAAAGUACUGCUGUUACCACGGGAACGGGAAUACUGAAAACACACGGGACAGCUAAAACAGAUGAUGCUAAAGUCUCAGAGAAAGGCCGUCUGUCUCCACGGCCCAAUGGAGCCAAUUGUAAUCCCUCAGAUGCAGGCCGGAAUGGCUCUGACUCCACCUCCUCUACCCUCUCUGACUCCGCCCCUUCUACCCGCUCUGACUCCGCCCCCUCAUCGUCCACCCGUGCGCCCACCAGCGGCAGCUCCUUCGGCUUCAAGAAACCGUGCUCAUCUGGGCCAGUUCCCGUCACCGCAGUAACUACCUCUGGCAUCGCCAUGGUGACAGCCAGCGGGGCGACCAUCACCAGCGGCUCAGCCACCCUGGGAAAGAUCCCCAAAUCUGCCGCUCUGGUGGUGGGGGCAGGCAGAGAGAGGUCUGGCCUGAAGGGGGCGCCAGAGGGCACUCUGGUAACCCAAGAAGAUGGAUACUUAGUUGCCAGGUCAACGCUGCAGUACCGCAGCCUCCCUCGGCCGUCACGCUCCGGUUCUGCCGCUCGCCAUGGCAACCGCUCCUCCACCAGCAGCAUCGAAUCAGGACUGUGCACCCGAGCCCCUGCCCUAGUCGCCGUCACAGGCAAUAAGACUCGAGAACCCACACCGAAGACCAACGGGAGCUUAACACCUGCCAACCAGACGGACAAGGAGAAGGGCGGAGCUUCAGAGAUGGACAGCCUGAGGGCCAGUCCGAUUGCGUCGAGCGGGGGGGCGGCGACUAUUCCACAGACGGCGAGACAGGGCAAAUACACAGAGGUGUCUUCACCUACACUGCGCAGACUCUUUGGUGGAAAGGCUAAGCAGGCCCCUGUGACCACAGCUGAGAGCCUGAAAAACUCUGUGGUCAUCUCCAACCCUCAUGCCACUCUCGGGCACCACACCCUGCCCUCUGGCGGGCUCCUGGACUCCAGCGGCGGCAGUGAGCAGGCUUCCAGUCCGGGGUCGGUGUACUCAGGGACGGGGACAUGGGGGACCACCAUUAGCAGCUCGUCCGCACUCGGCUACCCCUCCGUCAGCAGCAUGCACACCAGCAGCGAGUCCAUAGACAUGUCAGUGGGCAGCGGGCAUCACCGUGACGACGCUCACCCGGUGCUCACACGGACCGGCAGUGCCAAGACGGAGAGUCCCCUCUCCUCCCCCUCCGCUAGUCCAAAAUUCGGCCGCAACACCUUGCCUCGGAAACAGGACAGCGACUCCUACAGUGAUAGGAACACGCUGCCUAAAAAGGGCCUCAGGUACACCCCCUCAGCGCAGCUGCGGCAGGAGGAGGCUCGUGACUGGCUGCGCUCUCACUCCACCAGCGGCCUGCAGGACUCGGCCAGUAACUCUCCUUUCUCCACCUGCUCCAGCCUGACCUCGCCCUCCGGAACACGCUUCAACUUCACUCAGCUCGCCAGUCCCACCACAGCGGCGCAGAUAAACCUGGCCAGCCUGCGCAACAACAGCCUGACCAAUCAGGACAGUGUGCUGGACGUCUGCGGAGACACCCGUCUUCGGAACUCUUGCAUGUCUCUGGACGAGAAAACGCGAACCAUGAGCCGCUCCGCUUCGUUCAGAGAUGGAUUUGAGGAAGUUCACGGUUCCUCCCUCUCUUUGGUCUCCAGCACCUCCUCCAUCUACUCAACGACUGAAGAGAAAUCACAGUCAGAGAUCCGUAAGUUGCGCAGAGAGCUGGACGCGUCUCAGGAAAAAGUGUCCGCCCUGACGACCCAGCUGAGCGCUAAUGCCCACCUGGUGGCAGCGUUUGAGCAGAGCCUGGCUAACAUGACCAUCAGACUGAAGAGCCUCACCAUGACCGCAGAGCAGAAGGACUCUGAGCUGAACGAGCUGAGGAAGACCAUCGAGCUGCUGAAGAAGCAGAACGCUGUGGCUCAGGCUGCUAUUAACGGGGUCAUCAACACACCUGAACUCACCUGCAAAACUGAACGCACAGGUUCUAACGGCUCGGCCUGCAUGCAGCCAGACCUGCGUAUGCGCAGACAGCACUCCUCUGACAGCGUGUCCAGCGUCACCAGCGCAACCAGCCACUCUAGCAUGGGCUCCAACAUCGAGAACCCAGACAACAGCAGCAAGAAGAAGAAGAAGAACUGGGUGUAUGAGCUGCGGAGCUCCUUUAAGCAGGCCUUCACCAAAAAGAAAUCUCCAAAAUCAGCCUCCUCGCACUCGGACAUCGAGGAAAUGACCGACUCCCUGCCCUCCUCACCAAAACUGAUCCACAACGGCUCCACCGCGUCCACCAUAUCCACUCCGCUGCUCAGGAACUCGCACUCUAACUCACUGCUGCAGGACUGUUUGGAUGGAGAGGCUGAGACGGUGAUGCAGCUGCGCAGCGAGCUCCGGGAGAAGGAGAUGAAGCUGACGGACAUUCGGCUGGAGGCGCUAAGCUCUGCCCACCAGCUGGACCAACUGAGAGAGGCCAUGAACCACAUGCAGUCUGAAAUAGAGAAGCUAAAGGCAGAGAACGAUCGCCUGAAGAGCGAGAGCCAGACAAGCGGCCGAGCAUCAUCUCAGAGUUCGCUCUCCAACCCCCCUCACUCUCAGACACCCACAGCCGGCCUGUCACAGCACAGCCUCAACCUCACGGAGUCCACCAGCUUCGACAUGCUGCUGGACGAUGCUGGAGGUGACAGUUUCCGUAAAGAGGGCCGGCACGUGAAAAUUGUGGUCAGCUUGCAGGAAGACGCGCCAUGGAGAGAGGAGUGCAGGCCACGGGACUUCAUGAUUGGCUGUAUCGGAGUGAGCGGAAAAACCAAGUGGGAUGUUCUGGACGGAGUGGUCAGACGGCUUUUUAAAGAGUACAUCAGGCAUGUAGAUCCAGUCAGUCAGCUGGGACUAGGUUCAGACAGUGUGGAGGGAUAUCGCAUCGGGGACGUGCUGAGGCCCAGCGGAGCAGACACGCCAGAGCUGCUUCCCUGCGGCUACCUGGUGGGAGAGAACGACACAAUCAACAUCUCUCUGAAAGGUGUGCGCUCUCAGUGUGUAGACGCUCUGGUGUUUGAGACGUUGAUCCCUCGGCCGGUUCUGCAGCGGUACGUGUCUCUGCUGCUGGAGCACCGGCGCCUCAUCCUGUCAGGCCCAAGCGGAACAGGUAAAACACACCUGGCCCAGCGGCUCGCCGAACACAUCGUACUGCAUGAGGGACGCACGCCCAGCGACGACAACAUUGUCACAUUCAACGUAGACCACAAAUCCAGCAAGGAGUUGAGGCAGUAUUUAGCUGCGGUAGUGGAACAGUGUUCUGCAGGUCCAGACACUGAAGCUCCUCUGGUUCUAAUCCUCGAUAAUCUGCACCACGUCAGCUCUCUGGGGGAAAUAUUCAAUGGCCUGCUCAACUACAAAUACCAGCACUGUCCGUACAUCAUCGGCACUAUGAGUCAGGCCACAUCAUCGUCUCCAAACCUGCAGCUCCACCACAACUUCAGGUGGGUGCUGUGUGCGAACCACACAGAGCCAGUGAAGGGCUUUCUGGGUCGUUUCCUACGCAGAAAGUUGAUAGAGAUGGAGAUCAGCAGCCGGAGUCGGAGUCCGGAGCUGGUGAAGAUUAUCGAGUGGAUCCCGCGCGUCUGGCUCCAUCUCAACCGCUUUCUGGAAACACACAGCUCCUCGGACGUUACCAUCGGUCCUCGGCUGUUCCUGUCCUGCCCCAUGGUUGUGGACGGGUCGCGGGUUUGGUUCACUGACUUGUGGAACUACUCCAUCGUACCGUACCUGCUGGAGGCCGUCAGAGAAGGACUGCAGCUGUACGGACGCAGAGCACCAUGGGAAGACCCCGCCCGCUGGGUGAUGGAAACGUUUCCGUGGGGGUCGAGCCCCAUGCACCCUGAUUGGCCAGCUUUACUGCAGCUCCGCCCAGAGGAUGUGGGAUUCGAUGGAUAUUCCGCCUCAAGAGAAGGAGCCAGUAAACAAAACACUCAGAGCGACAGUGAUGCUGAUCCACUGAUGAACAUGCUGAUGCGGCUAAAGGAGGCGGCAAACUGCUCCAGCCCACAGAGUUACGACAGCGACUCCAACAGCAACGGUCACCACGACGACAUCCUCGACUCCUCGCUGGAGUCCACGCUGUGAAGCUCCGCUUUGCCUUCACAUUUCACUCAGCGCUGACGUCUCGGUGAAUGUUUUCCCCUCCAGCUCAGGCAGCUGCUUUCACAUUCAUCUCUCUGCAUGGGUGCUGGAAACCCGUCCAGAGAAAAGUGGCUCCAUCCUCCGAAAAAAUGGAAAAACGAACAAAAAACUGCACUACCCAUAAUUCAGCUCAUCUUCACCUCCACUCAUGAAGCACACAGAUUUUAAAACAGCACAAACAGCGAAAACACUGUUCCCAGAAGCAUUACCUCACAACUUCUUCUCUCAGCUUCUUUUUAUCCUGGACUUCCAAGGAGAAAAAAAUCUAAUUCCGGAAAGAAUUUAGCUUAGCUCUGCUACAGAGCGUAGCAAGAAGCUGGCUCAAACCUGAUUGUUUAUGCAUUUUAGUCUUCAUAAAUGCAUUAUUGUUCAUAAACAACAGUGUCAGAAACCACAAGUCUAUCACAGAUGCCGAACAAGUCCGCACGAUCUGCCUGUGCAAUGAUUUAGUCAUGCUGUUAGCACCAUGCUAAUAGUGGCUGCUAACAAGCUUGGAUUAUUUACCUGCUUUAGCCUCGUAGCUCCACUGCUAAAGCUCAAAAGACAAACCCCAGACAGCAAACGUGUCUCAGCUGAUUCUCCACAUUUGGAUGAAAGGGAGAUAAAUGUGCAAAUGUGGCAUUUUCUUCCUCAGAAUGAUCGUUUGUAGCAUCCAGAGCGAAACGUCUGCAGGGAAAGUGGUGCUAUGAAGGAUGAGAUGUGGGAACUACAUUCAGAAAAAAGGCCGGUGGACAGAUUACACACACAUAAACUCCACUACUGUGCCGCAGAGUUUGUUUAUUGUGAUGCUGGCCAUCGUCGCAAGAGCAAGACGUCCUGGACUGAUUUCUGAAGCCUGAUUUUGGACUAAACAAGACGUUCGGCCCGUGAAACAAGCUUUCUAUGUAAUUUUACGUCAACAAAACUGCCUUUUUGCUGUUCAAAAAUAACGUGUAAUGUAUUUUAAUGAUCUCGUAUCUAUCCUGGAUCCGCUUUUUCUUGCACCAGCGCCGAAUAAUUUACAUUUUCGUCAACCAGACUGGUCUCCGUUGCACACUUGUUCGCUGUAGCACUCCCGCAUUCACAUCACUCUGGCUGUUUUUUGUUUUUUUUGGUGCUGAAUCGACCCCGGUGCCUUAAAUCUGUUUUUUAACGUAAACCCAAAAGGCACUAUGUUUUUAUACUGAACUCUUCAUUGAACUGUAACAGGGCUCUGCUGUUUUUUCAGCCUGCCGGACUGAAACAGCCUUUAUAGCGGCUUUAUUAUGUUGUCAUAUCGAACAUUAAAUCGGUGGACAUUAAAGUCACCUUUUUUAACAUCGUAGACCUUAACAUUGGCACCACGGAGGCUGGAAAACAGUGACGUCGUUAGCACAACAACAGUCUGGAUGGGAAGACGUGGGGCUUUUUGGGGGGCUUGACCGAUACGAGCAUCACCAAUACCAAUUUUAAGGAGCUAAACCUUCUGAUUAAUGAUCAUAUCAGCUGAUAUUUUUAUAAGAUCAAACUUUAAACAGCUAAACCAGUGCUUUACUGAUUAAAACGAUUGCUAGUUUUCUUAAACUCCAACAUUAAAUUAACAAAACUGAUAAAAGCCUGUACAUAUUGUAGGCGGAGCUUCCCAGCAUUUCGUCGGUUUCUGUUAAUUAGCUCUUAUUGCAUCUCUUAACCUGGAAGUGGUCGAGUUUAAAGGUAGGUUUGAAUGCAUAUUUUUUGUUAUUUUAAACAAGACGAUGCUCAAAAAAUAAAGAACGAUGAGCUGUCUGUUCAUUGCAAUGUAAAACCAGCCAGUAAUGUAAAUAUCAGUGCCAAUAUCAAGCCAAUGUAAAUACACAGUAUAAAUAUCAACAGCAUUUUUCACCGGUAUUGAUGAACGAUAUAUCGGUUGGGCCCUUCUUUCUUGGUGCUUCGAGACGUAUUUGAUAUUGAAGGCACGCGGUGCUGAGAGCGAAAUGGUGGGACAUUUAUUUGGUUUAGUGAGUUUAUACCUCAUCGACCUCCAGGGCCUUUACUUUGGCCUUUGCGUUCAAAUGUGAAGGAUGGAAAAUUACUGUGUAACAGCCACUCAAUGCCAUAUCACUGCUGCUUUUGUAGAACUGUAAUUAUGAGAACAGGUACUGAAGAUUAAUACUGAAUAUGGAAAGUGGCUGCGUGAUUAUUUACUCGAUUACUAGCAGAUAUCAGGAGGCAGUUGUGAUUUUUUUUCAUUUUGAAUCCUCCCCAGGAUCGUUGCCUUGGUGCGUUUCCAAUAUUGUGGCCACAUCGCUUCCACUCUGUUUCAGCGUUUUUUGGGUGUUUAAAGUCAUUGAUCCUAUGCAACAUCAUCCUGGAUUUCAAACGGAAGCCAAAUACUGUAGCUAUCUAGACACUUUCAGCACUGCCAAUAUACAUAAACAUAUAAAUCUAUAUAUAUUGAAUGUACAGCGUGUACAUAGUCUGUGAAUAACUCUAGGAUAUGUGCCUAUGAUUUUUUUUUUCCUGAAUUAUGAUGAUUGCUAUAAGUCAUUGCAAGCACAGAUUCUGUACGUGUCGAGUUAAUCUCUGAAUGGAUCCGAGUCGUGUUAUUGAAUGUGUAUUUUGCUGUGUACAUAUAAUAACAUAUCUGAAUACGGCUGCAUUUUGAUGAAUACUCUUUUUACUACAUGUUUAUAACAGUGCGUGGAGAUGGGUAUUUUGUGUACAGUGUCUUUUUCAUCUAAGCAGGUGUCCAGAGUUCGCCGCUAAAAAUCUCUUGAUAGAUGACGACGAUGAAGAUGAUGGUGAUGAUGAUGCCUCUCAAGGAUAUACUGAUCACUGUACCAGUCUUAAAUUAUUUACAAUUCAAUAAA